AUGUCCGAUACCGCCCGCAAGCCCUUGACCGAUCAGGUCCAAGAGAAGGUCAUUCCCGACUCCCAGAAGUCCACUUUCGACAAGACCAAAGAGUCUGCCAGUGGCACUGCCGACAGCAUUGCAGGAACGGCGCAGCCAGGAGAUAGCAAGUCUACGACCCAGAAACUCUCCGACGAGACUCAUUCCCACGCCAACACUGCCGGCGACAAACUGUCUUCCGCUACUGGAGACGCUAAAGACACGGCAUCUAGCUACGCAGACAAGGCUAGUGACAAGACUGGUGCAGCACAAGAAUCUGGCCAGGAUUACUUGCAACAGGCAAAAGGUACUGCUUCGGACUACACCAAGAAGGGUCAAGAUACUGCAUCCGACGUCACCAAGAAGAGUCAAGAUACUGCAUCCGAUGUCACCAAGAAGGCCCAAGAUACCACAUCUGAUUACACCCAGAAGGCACAGGACACUGCAUCCGACGUGACUAAGAAGACUCAAGAUACUGCUUCCGACGUGACUAAGAAGGCUCAAGACACCACAUCCGACUACACCCAGAAGGCACAGGAGACUGCUUCCGACGUUUCGCAGAAAGCCAGUGACAAUGCUGCUACCGCUCAAGAUACCGGUAAAGAGUAUCUUGAACAGGCCCAGGGUACUGCCUCAGACUACACGCAGAAAGCUCAAGAGACGGCCUCCGAUGUCACUCAACAGGCGCAAGACACUGCUUCAAACGUCUCGCAGAAGGCCAGUGAAAAUGUUGGUGCAGCACAGGAAGCCGGCAAAGGCUACUUGCAACAGGCCCAAGACAUGGCUGCCAAUGCAUUGAACAGUGCUAGUAAAACUGCCGCAGAUCUUGCCAAUACCAUCUCUUCUGGUGAGAAGAAAUGA